GUUCAAAAUCUUCAAGGAAGAAAUUUUAGUGCAAAGAUACGUAUCGGUUCUAGAAGUUUCGCGACGAGCGAUUUACCGACCGAUAUUGAAAUGAGACCUUCUCGCCUUGGAUGCUAGACGACACGUAUUACGUAAGUUGUUUAUUUCGAGUUAAACGCUUUUUAUAUUUUCCUCCACCGUGAUUUAUAACAUAAUAUUAUGCUGAUACAAACGAUUUUUUUCAACUCUAGUGUGAACAGUAUUAGUAGUGAUAUAAACCGCUUAUUUUGUUUUGGUGAAAGGUGCAAUGCCACAAUUUAAUUUUUAGUUAAGUAUAAUAUUAAUGUGGUUAUAAUAUCGUUAUUUAUUUUAUUGGUUAGUUAUCAUAAAUCGCGGUUUUUAACCGUCGAGCGCUGAUGCCUACCGGCUGAUGUGUAUGAUUGCCCAUUGGUACCUACUGUGAGCACUACUGAGCGGCGAGCAGUAAACACUAUCAAAUUAUCGAAUAUUACAAAAUAUUUUUUUAUUUUUUUUUUCCAUUUUUUUUUGGUCAUUACUACAAUUAUUGUGAUUCGCGAGUCGUUAUCGGAGACUGGAGAGUUCGUGUUCGACAUAAGCCAUAUUUUACUCAUAAUCACUGAAAAAAUCAUUUUCGAGCGUAAGAAGAACAUUCUGUGCAAAUAAGUGUUUUAGCGCCAUAACUCACGCAAUGGCUACCAUUACUGACGAGUCUGAUGCUUCGCGAAAAAACAUGAACAAUGAAGAAAAUGAUAACAAAGAAGAACAGAAUAACAUCUUUGAGUGUAACAUAUGCUUGGAUAAUGCAAAAGACGCGGUUGUUAGUGUUUGUGGCCAUUUAUUUUGCUGGCCAUGUUUGCAUCAAUGGUUAGAAACUCGAUCAAGUCGUCAAGUAUGCCCAGUAUGUAAAUCUGUUAUUAGUAAAGAUAAAGUAAUACCAAUUUAUGGACAUGGAAAUUCCAAACAAGAUCCCAGAAAUAAAGUGCCACCUAGGCCUGCUGGUCAAAGAACUGAACCUGAACCUAAUUCUGGUUUCCCUGGUUUUACUUUUGGAGAUGGUGGUUUCCAUUUAUCAUUUGGAAUAAGAGCAUUUCCUUUUGGAUUUUUAACUUCGUUUAACUUAACUGAUCAUCCACAUGGAAUUGGUAAUCAACUACAUCAAGAUGAUCAAUACUUAUCAAAACUUUUCUUAUGGAUUGCAGUAAUAUUUAUUGUUUGGCUUUUAUUAGCAUGAUUAUGAAGAGUAUGUAAGAGUAUGUUUUUAUUAUAAUUAUUAUUUUACCAUUCAAUGAACUACAAUAGUAAGCACUUUAUGAGGGCUUCAUUUUAUCUAUUGUUUUUAUUCAUUUAAUAGUCUGAAUUUAUUGGCAAUAUAAGUUUCCAAUAAACUUCAAUUUUUAUUUUUUGGUGCCAAGUUUAGAAAUGUUGAUAAUGUUAU